AGGACUCCUGAUCAACGGGAAGCUGAGAUCAGCAGAAUCAACAGAAGAUCCUCACCACUGCUGUGUGAUCAAGACUUCUCUGACUGGAUUUUAAUUUCUGACAUUCAGCUUAUUUAAAAUAUUGGGAAUUAUCUGAAGGGACAGCUUUGACCGACUGACAUAAGUUAUAAAUAGGCGGGUGUCUGUGAGGGAAGUAGUUACUGUGUGAUUAAUACAAAUGUAACUUGUUUCAUAAGCUUCAUUGUAGGUACAGUGAGUUAGUGUGUGGGGUUCACACAGAGGCUGCGGUGCCCAGGACAACCAGACGCGCCAGCAGUGCUCAAGGAUUCCUCUCAGCUUUACGCACUUACCGGAGGACAGCCGGCGUCAUCGCAUUGCUUUGGUGAAUUACUCACGCUUUCUCGUCCAGAGUACAGCUGGUGGCAACAAGCCGGUGUGACCAUGCUACAAAAUGGAAACGGAAAAGAGAAGCCGCUGCAAACGCCAAAGGCUGAGGCAGAACCGGACUCCCCGGCUGACGACCCGAAACAGCAGCAGGAGCAGAAGGAGCCGCAGCAGGAGCAGCAGGAGCUCGCUCCCCCAGCUGCCAACAGCGAAGCUACACACUUCCCACUGCCCGCUCAUCCCAAAUUGGACAUAAAGCGCAACGCAGUGACGGACGAUUAUAAGAUCUCCAGUCAGGUUCUGGGCUUAGGGAUCAAUGGGAAAGUGCUUCAGUGCUUCAACAAGAAGACUGGAGAGAAGUGCGCACUGAAGAUUCUCUAUGACAGCCCCAAAGCCAGACGAGAGGUGGAGCUCCACUGGCGAGUGUCAGGAGGGCCGUAUAUUGUUCGCAUCCUCAGCUUGUAUGAAAACAUGCAUCAUGGGAAGAAGUGCCUGCUCAUCAUCAUGGAGUGUAUGGAGGGAGGAGAGCUGUUCAGUCGGAUCCAGGCCAGAGGAGACCAGGCCUUCACAGAGAAAGAGGCUUCUGAGAUCAUGAGGGACAUCGGCACGGCCAUCGAGUAUCUCCACAGCAUUAACGUGGCGCACAGAGACAUCAAGCCAGAGAACCUGCUGUACACCACGAAAGACAAAAAUUGUGUCCUCAAAUUAACAGACUUUGGAUUUGCUAAGGAGACGACGCUACACAACCCUCUGCAGACCCCCUGUUACACACCGUACUAUGUGGCUCCUGAGGUUUUGGGUCCAGAGAAAUACGACAAGUCAUGUGACAUGUGGUCUCUGGGCGUCAUCAUGUACAUCCUGUUGUGUGGCUUCCCUCCAUUUUACUCCAACACGGGCCAGGCCAUUUCUCCAGGGAUGAAGAGGAGGAUCAGGAUGGGCCAGUAUGAAUUCCCCAACCCAGAGUGGGCGGAGGUGUCACAGGAAGCCAAAGAUCUGAUCCAUCAGCUACUGAAGACAGACCCAAAUGAGAGAAUGACCAUCACUCAAUUUAUGAACCAUCCCUGGAUUAAUAAGUCCAUGGUGGUUCCCUCCACUCCGCUCCACACCACUCGGGUCCUGACUGAAGACAGGGAGAUGUGGGAGGAUGUGAAGGAGGAGAUGACAAGCGCUUUAGCCACCAUGCGUGUUGACUACGACCAGGUGAAGAUCAAAGAUCUGGACACUUCAAGCAACCCGCUACUCAACAAGAGACGCAAGAAGGCUGCUGCGGGGGCCAAGAGUGGGUCCACGGUCUGCCAAAGUCAGUGAGGACUGCAGGCGUGACAGCCAGGAGGAGGGAAAAGUUGAUUUGUCCAGGAGAGGAUGAUUUGGAGACCUGCUCUGGAUUCUUGAGAGACUUGAUGCUGAAGAAAUGAUCUCUGAAAUGAAGAGACAACACAGAAUUAAAGGAAAAGUCAGAGCUGGACAUUUAUAAGACAUAUCAAGACAUGUUUCUCCUGUCAGUGGUAGAAAUCAACAGCUCUGCUCACUGUGGGUCUAUAUCUGUUUUCAUUUCUUUUUUAAUGUAUGUAUGUCAUUUUUAGACCUUGCAGGUUUGUAAGAGCGUCUGUGUGCAGACAUGAAGUAUUUGUAGUGAUCAUGUUUUUGAGUAUUUGAGCACUGGGUGGCCUAUUUGAGGUCUCCUUUGUAACUAUGCACUAGUGUGCAAAACACACACACAGACAAAGCAACUGUAGAAAGACUGUGAAACGAGAACACUCACUAUUACCUGUUGUCUUAAUAUCAUUUGUCUCUUGCUGCUUUCCUUUUCAGGAAUAAAUUAACGUCUGACACUGACUGUCUCGUCAAUAACACCUAGCCUCCGUACACUUCAAUCCAAGGGAGUAGUUUUCACUGAAGCAACAAUAAAAUGGCCCCAAACGUAUUACUGAGGAGUAAAUUGUACUCAGUGUCACUGCUGCAGAUCAUCGUUGUAUCCUUGUAAUGGAGCUAUAAGAGACAGCACAUAUCCUGUCUGCUUCCUGUCAGUGUGAGGCCAGAGAGCUUUGUGCAAGCGGCAGCAGUGGGGUAAUGGUUGAUUGUGCUACAUGGUUGAGUUGUGACACUUUUCUGAAGAAAGGUCUUGCGUGUGUUUAUGCGGGUUGAGUAAAAUGCUUCCUGUAAAUAGGGGCUGCAUUUUAAUGAGAUGUGAGCAAGACAGUGCAGCCUUUAAAUAAUGGAAACCUCAUCUGUCAGGUACACACCAUACGGAGAUUGUUUUGUUGUAAAUAAAACUUUAUGAAGUAAA